CGGGCUGGGUGUUUGCAUACAAAGGCGGCCACGCGCGAGGCUCUGCAGGGUUUGUAGCGCCUCCGCGCCACAGAUCUCCGGUGUCGAACCCCCUGCGGAGCUGCUGUCCCAGCCCAGCUGCAGCCGAGGCUCAGACCAUGAACUACGUCGGGCAGCUGGCGGGCCAGGUGUUCGUCACUGUGAAGGAGCUCUACAAGGGGCUGAACCCCGCCACCCUGUCGGGAUGCAUCGACAUCAUCGUGGUCCGCCAGCCCAAUGGGAGCCUGCAGUGCUCCCCCUUCCACGUACGCUUCGGGAAGAUGGGGGUCCUGCGCUCCCGGGAGAAGGUGGUUGACAUAGAAAUCAACGGGGAAUCUGUGGAUUUGCACAUGAAACUGGGAGAUAAUGGAGAAGCAUUUUUUGUUCAAGAGACUGAUAACGAUCAGGAGGUGAUCCCCACGCACCUGGCCACCUCCCCAAUCCUGUCGGAAGGAGCCUCGAGGAUGGAGUCCCAGCUGAAGAGGAACUCCGCAGAUCGGAUAAGAGGCCUGGACGCCAACAUGUCAGCCCAGGUCUCCCCUCCCAGUGAGACCCCGUCAAGUGGCUCUUUAGUGAAGAAGCGCAGGAAGAGGAGGAGGAAGUCACAGCUGGACAGCCUGAAAAGGGACGAGAACAUGAACACGUCCGAGGAUGAAGACAUGUUCCCCAUAGAGAUGAGCUCGGACGAGGAGGCUGAGCCGCUGGACAGCAGUAGAACUCUUCCUGAUGAUAUACCUCCAUUCCAAGAAGAUGUCCCUAAGGAGAGCCAUUCCCCUGUCAUGACUUACCCUCAGUCAGCCUCUUACCCUAAUUCCGACAGAGAGUGGUCACCCAACGCCAGCCUGGUAGAUUGCAGGAGGCCCCCCCCUCACCUGGUGGUUGCGGCCGAGGGCGGUCUUUCUAGCUCUUGCCCUCCACAGUCUUCCCACUUCCACGCUUCGGAAAGUCCUUCAGUUUCCCGACCCUCAACACCUAAAAGCGAUUCAGAACUGGUCAGCAAAUCUGCGGACAGGACAAUGCAGAAGAAUAAUCUAGAAAUGCUCUGGCUCUGGGGAGAACUGCCCCAAGCCACAAAGUCCUCGCCACACAAGAUGAAAGAGUCCAGCCCGUUGAACAGCAGGAAAAUCUGUGAUAAAAUGCACUUCCAAGCCAUCCACAGUGAAUCUUCAGAUGCGUUUAGUGACCAGUCACCAACACUGGCCAGGGCAUCUCCGGUGCAGCCACUGCUGGAGCAGAACAAGCCGCAGACAGAGAUACAGUUUGUGAACGAAGACGAUGUCGAGGCCUUGGGAGCAGCGGCCCCCCCUUUACCCACGAUCGAGGAGCCCAAAGCCCCUUCUGCCAACACUGCCCCAGUAGCUGCAAGCAAGACGGACUCGCCUUCCAGGAAAAAGGACAAACGAAGCCGACACCUGGGGGCUGACGGCGUCUACUUAGAUGACCUCACGGACAUGGAUCCCGAAGUCGCUGCCCUGUAUUUCCCCAAAAACGGGGACCCUUCCGGGCUCACGAAACCCGCCAGCGACAACGGAGCCCGCUCCGCCAACCAGUCCCCUCAGUCCGUGGGCAGCUCUGGCGUGGACAGCGGCGUGGAGAGCACGUCGGACGGCCUGAGGGACCUGCCGUCCAUCGCCAUCUCCCUGUGCGGGGGCCUCAGCGACAACCGGGAGAUCACCAAAGACGCAUUUUUGGAACAGGCCGUGUCGUAUCAGCAGUUUGCGGACAACCCUGCCCUCAUUGAUGACCCCAAUCUUGUGGUGAAGAUCGGAAAUAAGUACUAUAACUGGACGACAGCGGCGCCUCUGCUCCUGGCCAUGCAGGCCUUCCAGAAACCAUUGCCAAAGGCCACGGUGGAGUCUAUCAUGAGGGAUAAGAUGCCCAGAAAGGGAGGAAGAUGGUGGUUUUCAUGGAGGGGAAGAAACACCACAAUCAAAGAGGAAAGUAAGCCAGAGCAGUGCCUGGCGGGAAAGAGCCACAGUACUGGGGAGCAGCCGUCACAGCUGGGCAUGGCCACCAGAAUAAAGCAUGAGUCAUCCUCUAGUGACGAGGAGCACGCGGCCGCCAAGCCGUCCAGCACAAGCCACCUCCCCCUGUUGUCCAGCGUCAGCUACAAGAAGACCCUGCGCCUCACAUCAGAGCAGCUGAAAAGCCUGAAGUUGAAGAACGGCCCCAACGACGUGGUGUUCAGCGUCACCACGCAGUACCAGGGCACGUGCCGCUGCGAGGGCACCAUCUACUUGUGGAACUGGGACGACAAGGUGGUCAUCUCUGACAUUGAUGGGACCAUCACUAGAUCAGAUACUCUCGGGCACAUUUUGCCCACACUGGGGAAGGAUUGGACCCACCAGGGCAUCGCCAAGCUAUACCAUAAAGUGAGCCAAAACGGGUACAAGUUUCUGUACUGCUCGGCUCGGGCCAUCGGCAUGGCGGACAUGACUCGGGGCUACCUGCACUGGGUCAACGAGCGCGGCACGGUGCUGCCCCAGGGCCCGCUGCUGCUCAGCCCGAGCAGCCUCUUCUCCGCCUUGCACAGGGAAGUGAUCGAAAAGAAGCCAGAGAAGUUUAAAGUCCAGUGUUUGACAGACAUCAAAAACCUGUUUUUCCCGAACACAGAACCCUUCUAUGCUGCUUUUGGAAACCGACCAGCUGAUGUGUACUCCUACAAGCAAGUGGGAGUGUCUCUGAACAGGAUAUUCACGGUGAACCCCAAAGGAGAGCUCGUGCAAGAACAUGCCAAGACCAACAUCUCCUCGUACGUGAGACUCUGCGAAGUGGUUGACCACGUCUUCCCUUUGCUGAAAAGGAGCCACUCUUCUGACUUCCCCUGCUCGGACACCUUCAGUAACUUCACCUUCUGGAGAGAGCCACCGCCACCCUUCGAAAACCAGGAUGUUCAUUCUGCAUCAGCCUAGAAGGUUCCCGGCCACCCCCUCCUGACAUCUCGUGAAGACCGGGCGCCCCCAUUAAAGGAUAGGUUUGGGGAUGUGCAGUCAUUUGCUGAAGAGCAGAGAGGACCGAGGAGGGGGUUUCCCCUCCCCGCCCCCCCUCCGGGGUUGUCAUUUCUAAGUGACACGCGAAGAGUGUCUGUCCCCGGGGGGCAUCAGCUGACCUCUGGUGUGGAGGCUGUGCCCUGCUGCCCUCCGCAGCCCAGUCCAGGCCGGGAAUGGUUAGUGUGCAAGAUGGGCUGUGAACCCCGGGGGUCCUCGGGAUGACGGGAUCCGGGGAGGGGCGCCAAGUGUGCAGGACUUCUGGGAGAGUGGGGGACACAUCGCCACGUGGUGGUUUGUGCCGUGGCUGCUGCGUGUGGCGGGAAGGCUGUGCAGGGUCCUGUGAGCUGAAUCUGAGGUCUCCGGAGGGACUCCAGACCUCCCUGUGCUGGGCCUUGACCUUGCGUAUGUCCCUUUGCGGUGUUUGCUGACUGGUCAGAUGUUUGGCUAAGUUCUCUCAUUCCUCCAGUUAAAGCUAACUUACAUAAACUGGCAUAUGUUCCCCCAUUUUUUGCAGCACGAGGCUGGAAUGUUUAUGCCUUAACGCAUCCAUGGCAGACAUUUUAUGUGGAAUGUGCUUUGGCUAGCUCCCUGUGACUGCAAUGCCUUAAGUUCAGAUUAUAGGAAAUAACUACCAAGGCAGUAAUUCGAAUUCGAGUUCGACACUCUGCCAGCAACCUAGCCUGCAAGGUGCUGCUGAAAGUGGGGGCUUGAACAGAGCUUAUGCCAAACAGUGAUGGUGUCGCUUUCUUUUGUGAGCUUUCAACAGAAACUGGUUGGUUUUAAGAAAAGCAGUUUGAAAAAGUUAAAUUAUAUAUUCUUUGUAGAUAGUGUUAUUUAUUACUUUAUUCUAAUUGGGGUUACUGUUAAUAAGCAUUUUAGCCAUAAUCUAUUAUAACUGUCAGUAAUACAUUAAAAAGAUAUACGUGUUAGACCAUCCAAAGAGCCUUAUUCUGUAAUCCUCACCACGCUGACCUUCUUUUGGAAUUUAUGAGUAAUACUUUUUAUUUCCCUUCGCUUUUCCCACUCAGAUUAAGGGCAAGUGGGUCAGCAGUUAUUUGAAUGACAUUCUUUAAGCUGGUAGAAGAUGAUCUUUUACUUGUUUAUUAAAUUGGCUCCUAGAGAGAAUAAUUUGAAAAGUGAAAAAAUUAUCUUGGUGAAAGAUUUUGCUUUACUUUUUGAGCUAUUAUUUUUUUUAAAGAGUGUUUUACUCCAUUUAUUGAAAUGCUCUCCUAUUUAAAUCGCAUGUUAGAGUCAUAGGAGGCAAACAGUGGAACAGCUGAGGCAAUUCUACUCUUUCUGUGAAAGAAAAUCCUUUCUUGUAAUUGGUGGGCUUUGCUGCAGUGGACGCCCUCCCGAGUGGUCCAUGCGGCCACACAGGAAACACCAACGCCCGUGUGUAGCUAAUCGCAGAUUUGCGCGGAAGCAUGACCCACAUGUGCAGAUCCCUUUUUGGAGGCAUUAAAAACAAUUUAAAAUAAUCCUGCCUUACCUUGGGCUUGCUCAUUAGUGACGUUCUUUCUGUCUCAAGGGUAUUUUGGGGUGAAUUUUAACUGCUCUGAACCGAGUAUCAGCUCACAGGUUUGCAGAGGCUGGCCCAGUUUCUCCCUUGCCCUGGGAGGAAUUUGGCUGUGCCCUGGGUCACCUGUCCCUCGUAGCGAGUGCCCUUCAUCAGGAUGACCGGCCGUUGAGAGCAUGUAACUUGGAUGUACGCUAAGCUUCCACACCACUGCCCUCUGAAGCAGAGCGCGCCUUCCAGAAAGUUGCAGUGUCAGGUUUGUGUCACACCUGCCUCGUGGGCUUUGGAAAAUGAGAUUUGUGCCUGGGAAGCACUCACGCAGGCGUGCGCUAUUUUAAUCAAUGUUCACACACCCACAACUCUGUGACCCUAUGGCCACGGGCUCGGAUGCUGUGUUUGGACCACACAUUUCAAAGCUGCCCAAUGGAAACGAAUCCCUCCAUAGUGACAGGUCAUCAAACGUUCAUCACACGUGAUGGAGAAAAAGGUACAUCCCGGAUACACUGGGGAAAAUGAUGACAACUUCAAAGAGAAUUCCCUUUUCCAUUUUAGGUUUGGGAUCGCCAUUUUAAAUAUAUUUUAUUUACAACACUUGAUCUGUAUUUGUAUAUGCUGGUACAAUGAUAAAAAAAAUCACUGUAAUCCUUGAUUGCGUUGUCCUGGAUGCAGAGCUAGAACAUAUUGUAAUAAAUGAGACCAAUGAAAGACU